AUGGAUGUCAGUACUGCUUUACAAGAGGUGCUGAAAACUACCCUCAUCCAUGGUGGUCUAGCAUGUGGAAUUCAUGAAGCUGCCAAAGCCUUAGACAAGUGCCAAGCCCAUCUUUGUCUGCUUCCAUCCAACUGUGAUGAGCCUAAGCACAUCAAGUUGGUGGAGACCCUUUGUGCUGAAUACCAAAUAAACCUAAUUAAGGCUGAUGACAAUAAGAAACUAGGGAAUGCUGGGCACGGGGAAUGGGUAGGCCUCUGUAAAAUUGACAGAGAGAGGAAGCCCCAUAAAGUGGUUGGUUGCAGUUGUGUAGUAGUUAAGGACUAUGGCAAGGAGUCUUAG